GUAUUUUCAAAGGAAUUGUUUUGUAUAGGUGCUGUAAAUAAUUCCAUAAUCUAAUUGAAAGGAUGAUAGAGAAAAUGGGAUCUAUACAAGGAGCGUAGCCAUUUUCAGAUGAUAUCGGGACAAAGAUUAUUGAAUAUCAAUUUCUAUUCACAAUACGUGUCUAAGGGAAAUUCACUUUGUUGAAUAUUCAGUAGAACUUUUAAAUGCUUCCAUAGAUACUAACAGUUACCCACAUUGUGACAUAAUGGAUGUUACUACAUAGAUUAUAGUAUAUGUAGAAGGGGUUUCUGAAGACGCAUCGAUAUUGAAGAAAUAUAUAUAAUAUUGUAUACUAUAACUAUAAAAUAAACCCUUUAACUUGCUACGGUCGAGAUAUAUGGUCUUUUUAUCCGCAUAGCACUUUGUGUUACCUCGCAAGCGAAGGAAUCUCUAGAUCACUACGUAGGUGAUCAAUAAAAUGAUCAAGAAUCGAAAAAUCAGAGUUGCAUAGCCUUUUGUCAGUUCUAUGCUCAUCAAAAUUUAUAUUAAAUCCCAUUAAAGUUUUUUAUGCUAAUAACUAUUUAUCAUUCAGUUAUAAUCAACUUAAUAUUUCUUGAAGUUUUGGCUUACAAUUUUGUGAAGAGCCGUAUGCGAUAUAGCAUGUGCUAUUUUAGAUGAAUUGAUGCAAUUCCUACUGAGCAUUUUAAAAAUAAAGUGAUAGUAACAGUUUGAUUUUGAGCUUUGAGUAUAUAAGGAGAGAUGUUUUAAUUUUGACUUGCUUCAUAUUAUUAGACACUUAAUAAAGGGGCUUACAUAAGACUAAAACCUUUUACUUUUUUUAUUUUGACCAACGCUAUGCAUUAUACAAGGCUUUUUCUUACCAAGUGGCGACCAUCUUUUGUAAACCACUUACCAGAUGUUAUUUCUACACCUCACAUGAAACCUGUUGAGGAGACAAAAAGGCUUCACCUUCCAUUGUCUUUAAAAGCUCGUGAUGCGCUGGCGAAUCGGUCGAAUGAUUAUCAAUAUCAUGUGGUAACUCAAGAUUGGUUUGGACAGCGCGUAGAUGACUUUAUCACGCAGCAUCACGCGGAGUGGAGUUAUGAAACCGUCAAACGUCUUGUAGAAGGUGGACAUAUUUAUCGGUAUCGUAAGAACGGGAAGAAGCGCUUCACGCGUCUCACCGAUCGUCUUGAGUUUGACGAGCUUUUGGUAGUGCCAACCCACGCCUUUUGGCAAAGGGAACUAGCUCCUCCUAGCGGAGUAGAAGUUGAUCCAGCAAAGCCUCAGUUAAAAUCUAGUUUUCGUUUAACUGCUCACGCUAAGGAAAAAGCUCUUGAGAUGGUGCUAUUUAAGAACGAAUAUGUCGUCGUGAUUAACAAACCUGCUGGGGUACCGAUGAUGCCCACAACGAACCCAUUGGACAUGAACAUCACCGACCUUCUUCCGGCAUGGAAAUAUACGAAUACGUCAAAACCGAUUGUUUGUCAUAACCUGGAUAGAGAAACGAGCGGAUGUGUGGUGCUCGCGCGAACUAGAAGUGCGCAUCGGAUGCUAGGCCGUAUGUUUGUUAAACGAGUCGUCCCGAAUAGCGUCUAUUGGGGGUUAUGCGCUGGAAAACCUACCGUGAACUACGGCCGUAUUCGUAUGCAUUUUGAACUAAAUAAAGGGAAUCAUGGGAAUAUCAUUAUCGUGCGUCCUUCUCCUACGAAAGAAUCAAAGGUCGGAAUCGCAGAGUUUGUAGUAAACGCGAGCGCGCUGGAGUUUGCGAGUUUUAUAUCUUUUUAUUCUCUUACGAGUCGUCGACAUCAGGAGCGGAUAAUGGCGGCCCAUGCUCUGCGAUGUCCGUUAUUAGGCGAUGCCAAAUACGGCGGUGAAAGCUCCUUUCCUCAGUUUCUUUCGCUUUUUGGCGAUUCAAAGGAUAAGGGCAUUCCACUUCAUCUCCAUCACAGGAAAAUUCAACUACCGUACAAAAAUGGAUCAGGAGAAUUUAUCUGCGUUACGGCACCACUUCCUCUGCAUAUGGAAAAAAUGUUUUCAAGGCUGGGUUGGCCGUCUAAUGCGGAUGAUCCACUUAUUCCCGGAUAA